AUGGCGGCUACAGGAGCUGAAGCAAAGGAACCUGAACAUCACAACAACUGCCUUGUCCAACUAUCAAAUCCACAGGUAGCAACCAUGAAGGAAGAUAUUCUCUAUCAUUUCAAUCUUAGCACUAGCACGCAUGAUUUCCCAGCUAUGUUUGGAGAUGUGAAGUUUGUGUGUGUUGGUGGGAGCCCCUCCCGGAUGAACACCUUCAUCAGACAUGUGGCUGCUGAGCUGGGCCUCAACCAUCCAGGAGAUGAAUACCCCAAUAUUUGUGCAGGCACUGACCGCUAUGCCAUGUAUAAAGUUGGACCGGUGCUAUCUGUGAGUCAUGGGAUGGGCAUUCCUUCCAUUGCGAUCAUGUUGCAUGAGCUCAUCAAGAUGCCGUACCAUGCCAGAUGUUCCAAUGUCACCAUCAUCCGUAUCGGCACUUCUGGUGGAAUAGGUCUGGAGCCUGGCUCUGUGGUUAUCACCCGGCAGGCAGUGGAUGCCUGCGUCAAGCCGGAGUUUGAACAUGUCCUGGGGAAGUGGGUGGUUCGGAACACAGACAUGGAUGAGCAGUUGGUGCAGGAGUUGAUGCAGUGUUCUUCAGACCUGAAUGAAUUCACCACAGUGGUGGGGAUCACCAUGUGCACCUUGGACUUCUAUGAGGGGCAAGGUCGUCUGGACGGCGCCAUCUGCUCCUACACGGAGAAGGACGAGCAGGUGUAUCUGCAAGCAGCCCAUGCUGCAGGCAUCCGGAACAUCGAGAUGGAAUCUUCAGUCUUUGCCGCCAUGUGCAGUGCAUGUGGCCUCCGAGCGGCUGUGGUGUGUGUUACCUUCCUGGACCGCCUGCAAGGGGACCAGAUCACCAGCCCCCAUGAUGUGCUUGCUGAGUACCAGCAGAGGCCACAGCGACUGGUGAGCUACUUCAUCAAGAAAAGUCUGGGAAAGGUCUGA